UUGAAUCAAUACUUCAGAAGACUUUAUCCAAACGAUUUUCUCGACUCGGAAGUGUUGAAUUUAAGGUACUCUGUACGGGAUUCAUAUCCAUGCACGAAAGGAGGCAAGUGAAAGGCUUGCUGCGCGCGUCUUAUCAUGUGACUGUGUAGAGGCGCGCUAGUACUGAAGGCCAUAAACCUGUAUUAAUCCUCUGGGGCCGGUUGUUCAAGGGCCUCCUAGAGAAAUUAUACAUAUAGCUUAUUUUCCCCACAAAUGUUGGCGGGAGGGGAGGGGGAAUAAAAAAUUUUCCCGAACAUUUCAAAAAAAUAAAUGUUCAAAAAAUUUUCCACGACAAAUACUUGUAAAAACACGGGUAAAACACAUUUUUUCGGACCAGUAACAUUAAAAUUAAAGUCUAAAAAUUUUUCUCAUACCAUUAUUUAUAUUUAAAAAAAACACGUUCCAAAUAAUUUUUUUAAAAAUUACACCUUUUGUGGCCCUUUAAUUUUCGCAAACUUUGGGGCCCCUUUUAACUGGUAUUUUACUGGUAUGUAUAUAUCAGGGAUACGAAUAGUUAACAGAUAGAUAAGAUUUUGCCGUUGUCUGUUCAGUUAUAGAUACACAGUAUGACAUGGGAAAAACAAAAAAGUGGCUAACGAGCCACCGAGGCGAGUGCGCGGGUCACUUUUUUUGUUCGUCCCACAUUAUGAUGUCAUACUGCGUAUCUAUAACUGAACAGAAACGUCAAUAUCUUAUCUAUAUGUUUUGUAUAAUAAAAAUUAAAGAUAACUUACUUUUUAUCCACCCAAACAUUUGGAAAUUUGAAAUAGUCGAAAUUUUUCAAAUAUCACGCGUACAUGAAAUAAGGAAUAAAGAAUGCCAUUAUAGAUAUGGUUUUGUGUGACGUAUAAUUCCGUGCGUCAGCUAUCCUCUAAUCAGAUCAUGGUACUCGACCAAUGAAAGCGCUUGAAUUCUUAAUGUUAUUAUAUAAUAUGUACAUAUCAUUCCAUUCGCCUUCGGAUCGUGAUUGUACAUUCAAAACAACUAUGCAGGAGUUGUAGCCUAUCCAUCAAUCCGAAGCCAUCCCGUAAACUUCAGCGAAAUGUUUAUCGUUGUUUAGUGAGGGUAGUGUUGUCGCAGAAAUUCUACUGGUAUUCAAACGAGGCCAGGUUCCAAAUGCAAACAGUUUGAACAAUGAUUUCGUGAGUAACCUUAGUGGAACUAAUGUAAAAAAGCUGGACAAAUACGAGAUUGCUACAUCAGGGGAAAAGUCUAUUCGAAUAUCAGGUAAAGAGUUAAAUUCACAUUGUAUUUGCCUGUUGCAGUUUUGGUCGGAAGUACUUGCUUUGCAAAAUUUGUGCCAAUCUAUUUUAAAAAAAUAACAAAUUCGUCAACUAUUUUUAAUCUUGUAUUUCGUCGUUAAGUUUCUCUGCCCCGCGUUUGUCGCUUCCGACAUUCAGCUGCCGUUCACUUAUACCUCACGAGGCAUAAACAGUAAAACACCGGUAUAAUGAUUCAUCAUCAUCACGUGGUAUUUUUACUGUUCUCUAGACUACAAUGAAUGUAACAAUCCAGUGUUAGGUGAACAUUUGCCAGUUGAUUGUCAAGCACAUUCUUACUGUGAGAAUACAUAUGGGUCUUGGAUAUGCAAGUGUUUGAUUGGAUUUGAAAAGCAUUCUGAAAUUCCCAAUUUCUGUGUCAGCGAAG